UCUCUCUCUCUCAACAGGCUCUCCAUUUUAUUUGGUCAGCUCUGGGCAUAAGAAAGAGGAGAAUGAGAAGAUAUAUACUAUUUCCUAUGAUUUUUAUGAGCUUAUAUAGUGCUUCAGACUUUGCAUUUGCUGCUGGAGCAGAAUAUGAGGGACCUUGGUAUGAUUAUACUGCAUAUACUGAGUGCAUGCACCAUCCUGAGCCUCCUUUGUACCACGGAGGAAUUAUAAAAGACGGGACUGCAGGGUUUCAGAAAAUGGAGACGGGCAGUUUGUCGCCAGCCUUCGUACUGUUUAACCUCACCGCGGUAACCAGAUACAGUUUCUCAUGUUGGCUAAAGAUCAACAGAGGAGCAGAUUCUGCUCUGCUGAGAGCAAAGCUAACCAGCGGCGACAAAACGCUGAAUUGCAUCGGCACUUCAGUUGCCAAACGCGGCUGCUGGUCUUUUCUGAAGGGAGGCUUCGUCCUCGACGCCCCUUCUGAAACUUCUGUCAUCUUCUUCCAGAAUGACGAUGAAAGCAAAGCGAUUGAGAUAUCGGUGGCAAGCGCUGCGCUUCAGCCUUUCUCAGUUGAGCAGUGGGAGAUUCAGCAGAACGCCAGCAUAAGAACAAAAAGGAAACGCGCUGUGGCAAUCCACGUUUCCGACGCGGAGGGGAAUCGCGUUGGCGGAGCUUCCGUUUCUGCUCAGCAGAUUUCAAAAGACUUCCCGUUUGGCUCUGCUAUUGCUAAAACCAUUCUCGGAAACUCGAAGUAUCAGGCCUGGUUUGUGGAUCGGUUCAACGCCGCGGUCUUCGAAAACGAGCUAAAAUGGUACGCAACCGAACCGGAACCGAACCGCCUCAAUUACACCCUCGCCGACCAGCUCCUCCAAUUCAUCCGCUCCAACCAGAUCCUCGCCCGCGGCCACAACAUCUUCUGGGAAGAUCCAAAGUAUACUCCGGCGUGGCUCCGCAAUCUCUCCUCCUCCGAUUUCCGCUCCGCCGUCUCCUCCCGCAUCCUGAGCCUCCUCACCAAAUACAAGGGCGAUUUCGUCCACUGGGAUGUGAGCAACGAGUUGCUCCACUUCGACUUCUACGAGCGCCGGCUGAUGAACCCUAACGCCUCAUUGGAUUUCUUCGUGGAGGCGCAGAGGGCAGAUCCGCUGGUUAGGGUUUUCAUGAAUGAUUUUAAUGUGGUGGAGGGGUGCGAGGAUGGGAAGUCGACGGUGGAUGCGUAUGUGGGGAGGAUGAGGGAGUUGGAGCGGGGAGGGGUGGUGAUGGGAGGGGUGGGAUUGGAGGGGCAUUUUGGGAAGCCGAAUGUGGCUUUGAUGAGAGGCGUGCUUGACAAGCUGGCGACGCUGGGGCUUCCGAUUUGGUUGACGGAGGUCGAUAUCAGCAGCAGGUUUGAUCGUCAGACGCAGGCUAAGUAUCUCGAAGAAGUUCUAAGAGAAGGUUUCUCCUAUCCUUGGGUUAACGGUAUCAUUCUAUGGACUGCUCUUCAUCCUAAUCAAUCAUGCUACCAAAUGUGCCUCACCGAUGACGACUUCCAAAACCUGCCGGCCGGCGAAGUUGUCGACCGGCUUCUCAGCGAGUGGCGAACGAAGGAGGCAGCAGGAGAAACCGAUGAUCAUGGCUUGUUCAGCUUUGAUGGGUUCUUGGGAGGAUAUAAGGUUGCUGUGAGGUAUGGAAACAGGUCUGUGGAGACUACUUUCUUUUUGAGCAGAGGGGAUGAGACUGAGCAUUUUAACAUACAGUUAUGAUUAAAUCAUGCUAUAUAUUCUGCUUAUGUGAUUCAAUAAAUGUAGCAGCUAAUUUAUCUAAUGAUAUUGAUGCUAUAAGCUAUGGUUCUGCCGUUAAACUGAGAUUUCGUUUGGGACGGCUUUUUAGUGCUUCUUAAAAAAGCUUAUUAGAAAGCUGUUUUUAGAAGAAGGAAAAAAGCUGUCCCAAUCGAAGCCUGGAAUGAGAAGAAGUCAUGGUUUCUCUACUUCAGAAAUUUGCUGGAAAGAAUGAGAGCUAAUUGAUUAUGUGGCUGCUUGCUUUAGUUUGGUUUGCUGGGCUGCUUUCUGUAGCUACAAAUUAACUUUCUUUAUUGCCAAGUAACACAUUUAUUAGUUUUGGUGCU